ACCUGAUACUUCCCUUGUUGCGGUAAGAAUGCAAACGCUACUUUUGCCGGCUGCUCGCGCUGGCAUUUUCAUGGCGAUGACGCCGGUCUCGUCGGCAGCUCAUGCCAACUCGCCACCUCAGCUCCCGCGACUUGUUCGCAGGCCGAAUCCGUCGCCCUUGCAUUCUGUGCCCUCUUUCAAACCCUUCCAGUCGCUGGCUUCUUCGUCUUCCUCGUCUUUUCUUUUCGGUUCUGUCUAUCGACUAGUGAAGCACCCAUUCCACGUAAAUGCUUCUUCCGAGGUUUCUACUGCUUUCACUCCCUCCAAUGAUGAAUCAGAGAAAGCAAAACUUGCUCAGGUUUCUAAGAGACUGGAGAAAACGGCGAGGUAUUUUAAGCGUUUGGGUAGUUUAGGAUUUUGGGGUCAGCUAGUCUGCACCGUUGUGGCUGCUGUAAUAUUAUCGUUUUCUGUUGUUGUUACCGGAAAGAUCACAUCUCCAGUUACGUUUUAUGCUACUGCUGGUGGAAUAGCGGCUGCUUUUGUUUCUGUGUUCUGGUCUUUUGGAUAUCUUCGGCUAUCUGAAAAGCUUCAAAGAACUGCCAAUGAGCCUACCAAGGCUCCCGCUCGGGCUGAUGUAGUAAAGAGCUUGAAGAAUGGCAUAGUACUGAACAUUUUGGGAAUGGGUGCUGCUAUUCUUGGCAUGCAAGCCACUGUUGGAUUGUUGGUCGCCAAGGCUCUGACUUCCUCGGCAAACCCAUAUUAUCAGGGAAUCUCUCCUGGAUACAACCCUGUUCUUGCGUUGGAUGUAUUUUUGGUGCAGGUAAAACUUGUUGGUUCAAGUUGA